GUAGUAUAGUUCGUUGAGCCUCUGUCACCAACAUCGCAUCGAACAGCUGACAUCUGGCGCGAACGAUUAGCAAGGUCGGUAGAUAUGCUAUCAAGCAGAGGUUUGGCAACAGCGCCGGGCCGUGGCGCGCGAUGUAGGUGGCAGUGGCAGCGGCUGUGGCGGUGGCAGUGGCAGGUCCGGACGGUGCCAGUGCUUGCUUGAUCAGUCGCUGUUAAACUGUUGCCGCACGCUCUCGCGUAGGGUUUUCGCGCCGCCGCGCAGUUUGAAUGCGUAUAUUAUCACACGAUUAGAUAGCAUGAGUGCAUCACCAGAUAUACUUGCGCCGCUUUGGCAAACACCACGGAAUAACGACACACACAGUUAGGCAUAGGGAGUUUUCACGGAUUCUCAUGAUGCUUGUGGAAGAUAAGGCGGGUGCCGAGGCUGCGGCUGAGGAACCCAAAUCGCCGGUGAGGUCGCCCCCCUGGUGCACCUCUCCGCGACGUUACCGCGACACUAGCCUCAUGAUACAUCGACACUGGAGGAAGAGCGGGAUGGAAACUUUCCCCACGGUGGCGGCCUACCAGCCCCCCGCCACGCCCCCUUCAACCCCCAACACCCCAUCCAUCACGAAUAAGCACACCAACGAUGUCCCGGUUAGGACACCUUCAAGACAGAAACAGGUGACGAUGACACCGACCGGCACGAGAGCUCGAGGUCGCACCAGAGACCACGGCAUGGAUCUCAGUUACGUGACGGAGAGGAUCAUCGCCCUCUGGUUCCCCGGAGACAUCAGCCCUUCCAGUUUCCGCCAAGGGCAGCAACAGGCGGCGCAUAUGCUCACAAGCAAGCAUGGCAACAGCUACAUGGUUUUCAACUUGUCGGAGCCGCGGCGAGCCACACGCAGUCAACACGAGAGGGUGAGAGAGCUAGGGUGGCCCCCCGACCUUGCUCCGCCCCUGGAGCGUCUCUGCAGCAUCUGCAAAGACAUAGACUCCUGGCUGAGUGGCGACAAUCACCGUAUCGCUGUCCUGCAUGCCAGGGGAAGCCAUGAGAGAAUUGGCGUCGUGGUGGCAGCCUACAUGCACUACUCAAACAUCUGUGGCAGUGCUGAUCAGGCACUCGACAGAUUUGCCAUGAAGCGGUAUUUGGACGAUAAGGUUGGGGACUUGGACCAACCAUCGCACAAACGAUAUAUCGACUACUUUUCUGGAUUACUCUCUGGAAACAUCCGAAUCAACGCCAACCCACUGUACCUGACUCACGUGACAGUGCUAGGGGCCCCUUCCUUUGAGGCGGAAGGGGGUUGCAGGGCCUUCCUCAAAGUGUACGAGGGUCUGGUCCCCGUCUACACCUCAGGGGUCCACACUGUCGGCGGGGACACCAGGCAGUUCACAGUUAACGUAGCCGGGGACCGAAGACGAGGCCUGCAGCUCCGAGGGGAUAUCCUGCUCAAAUGUUACCACAGGCACUACUCUGCUGACCUGGACAGUCCCUCACGGAGUAGUUCGCCCAACGACUCGGAUAUCUUACCAGCACGGGAGCUGAUCUUUUCCUGUCAGUUCCACACUUGCGCCGUGGCUGACUACACCCUGAGCUUCACGCGGCAGGAGUUAGACAAUGCCUGGAACGACUUGAGGUUUCCACUUGACGGAGCUGUGGAAUUACACUUCUCUGCAACUCCAGAUGGGGUUCGCUUCCCUACCCCAGCCCCCACUCCUGCUGUGCCAGUGGACGUGACGCCUGACUCCGUCACAAGAUGGGAUAGUUACGAAAAUCUCAUGCCGGACACAGACACCGAUGACAUAAAUGACGGUGAAGUGAGUCACACUUACGGCCCGCUGGACGGCUCUCUCUACGCUACGGUGAGGAGCAAGAAGGGUGAAGGGGUGGAAAGCGCGGGCGGGGGCGGGGGCGCUGCAGCACCUGUCAUCAGCAGCGUGCACACGGUGUCGAUGGACUCAGGGAUCAGCUCAGCGGGCAACGGACUGCUGACCCAGCCCGCCCCCAGCUACCCCGACCACCACCGUGCGUUGGACGAAUUGCUGAGCGACAUGUUGCUGACGGUAGAGAACAUACCGGACCUCCCCGCUGCGACCGCGCAGACCCCGGCGGCAGCGCCAGUCGACUGCCGGCCGUCGCGCACCGCGGAUCACGACAUACCGUACCACGCGCGACAGGACAGCCGUCCCUUCACAUACGGCUCUGUGCCCACCGGCGAGAUGCUGCGGGCACAAGCCGGUCUUUCCAGCCCCUCGCUGGUCCGCAAGGCCAGCUUCAAGGGAGACUCUGUCGCGUCCUCCCCCGUCAACGGUACCUCGGCCUCCGUCACCCUGCAUCGCGACGUCCGCAGAUCCAACAGCAGCCACAGCGUCCCCACCGCGCGCUCUCCGGACUUCCAUGAGGGGACAAUAGUGACUGGCAGCAUCAGCCAGCACAGCAGCAAUAACCUGACAUGGCUGCAGCGCCAGCAACAGAAACUAAGGGAGCGACGAGAAGUGCAGCUCCGUUCUGAACGACUCCCUCAUGAGACACGACUGUUGUCAGAGCUGCGGACUGUUCAGACUGGGUACCGGAGCCGCCCUUCCCCCAGCCAGCGUCUGGACGGCUAUACUAGCGACACCACGCUCUUCGCCGACGAGGACGAAGAGGACUUCACAGUUCCCUUGCACAUAAACACCUCUGCCUCCAAAGUGACCAAUGGCAGUUCGGCUCCCGUGUCUCCCUUGCUGCCUCACAGGACCUCUUCCAGGAGACACUAUGCGACUUCAGCGUCCUCCCAGCAGUUCAAUACCAUCAGUAACAGCACCGUUGGACGCCACAAGUCAGAAUUUGAGAGGGAGAGACCUUUCGUCGCCGUCAAACGCUCUCAUGAGCAGAACAGAAAAUAUAGCGACUCCACGAGUCCCGACAGCUACUCCGGGCUCUCCCACUCGAUCCCGCAGGACUCCGGACUUCUGGUGGAGGCCGAGCAGGAGAGGUGUAACAACGGAUUCAACAAUGGGGUGGGUAGUAACGGGGAUGCGCUGGCGUGCCUGAUCGCGUCACUCGCCGCAACCUCUUCCCCCAGUAACGGUAGUGAUGCAACUAACAGCACCGCCUCAGCAUGGUCACCCUCUCACCACCAGCUACGGGAUGAAAGUUACUCUUCUUGGCGGACCACAUCUCUGAGUGAGGACACGGGAGGUAGUCCCCCACACUCGAGCAGCCCCCGCCCCCAGACCCCCGCCUUCCCUGUGCACCCCCGCACUCCCUACAUCAACAGCAGCUCCACACAAUUUGACACUCUCACAUCAGCUCUGCCCCCCAAAAGUCCAACGGCACAGCGACGGGGUUUUAAAAACCUUGGAAAAUGGUCUUCUACUUCUUCAAUUUCUAGUAAAGAGUGGUCGCCCAUGAGUGAAACCCUGGUCAGAGAACACCGAGAACAUUCAGUCAGUUCCUUCAGAGGCUACGAGAGCGACUCUCAUACGCAACAUAGUCCAAAGAGUCAUCAGUACUCAAGUGGACACAAUGGCACAAUUAAUGGAGGACAAUCAUCUCCAAGUGUCUACUACGGACACUCCCGACGCUCCUCCAUCCACUCCAAUGGAGAGCCUCCGCAAGAGGUGUCUCCGGCACAUGUCAAGUUUGUCAGGGACACCUCUAGGUUCUGGUACAAACCAACAAUAUCUAGAGAAGAAGCAAUCUCCAUGCUGAAAGAUCGAUCACCAGGAACAUUUGUGGUGAGGGACUCCAACUCGUUCCCUGGAGCUUUUGGUCUGGCGUUGAAGGUUGCGACUCCGCCUCCUUCCACUCCUGGGAAAGCUCCUUCGGACCCUUCCACCGAGCUUGUCAGGCAUUUCCUUAUAGAGCCCACAUCUCGAGGUGUCAGACUCAAAGGCUGUGCCAAUGAACCAGUUUUUAGUUCUCUAUCAGCACUGGUGUACCAGCACUCACUAAUGCCUCUGGCUCUACCGUGCAAGCUGGCGCUACCUGAGUCAGACACUAGGCUUACCUCCGAGUCGACUGGUACCAUUAGCACCGCUCAGUUACUUCUGGCUCAAGGAGCAGCCUGCAAUGUCUUGUAUUUGCUAACCAUCGACACAGAAUCGUUGACCGGACCUCAAGCUAUCGUCAGGGCUAUCAGCGAGUUAUUCUCCAAGCCCUUGCCACCUGCAGCUAUUGUCCACUUCAAGGUUUCUGGACAGGGCAUCACACUAACGGACAAUAAGCGCCAGCUCUUCUUCCGCAGGCACUACCCCGUCACCACCAUCUCCUAUUGCGGCCUGGACCCUGACGAUCAUCGGUGGACCCAACACAAUGAGGCUGGGAUGCCAAUCAGUUCAAACCGGUGUUUUGGCUUUGUUGCAAGAAAACCUGCCAGCAAAACAGACAAUCAAUGUCACAUCUUCGCCGAGCUGGAACCUGAGCAGCCGGCCACAGCUAUCGUCAAUUUUGUCUCCAAAGUAAUGAUGAAUAGUGGUCAGGGAAAAUCAAAUAUAGUUUGAUCUGGAGAAUGCGCAUGAAUUUUGUAACAGUCAUUUUUUAUUGCAUAAAUUUGUACACCAGUACUAUUAGAUUUCUUUCUUGAUACUUUGAUUCGGUAGUCGUUUUAUUUCAAUUAAAAAGUUUAAAUUACAUACCCAUGAAAGUAAUUAUCUUUUAAAUGCAUGUAUAUGAAUUGUCAGAAGUAGUUUUUAUUACUGUAAACUGGCUGCUAACAGAGCUGCAGUGAAACAAAUCAUAAGAGUAAGGAAGGAAUAAGACCUGUAUUAAUUGAGGAAUCACUAUGAGAUAAUACAGAAAGGGAUAGGAAUAAGUCAAUUGAAAAGUGUUUUAAAAGUGAUCAUUCAGUCUUCUAUGGGAAGAAUAUGUAUACUUCCCAUAUAAAAAAAGAGUACAUUUUUGGAUAUAACAGGGACAAAGUGUGAUGGGAUGUUGAUAUAUCAUAGUGAGAGCUAUAAUUCAAAAGACAAAAUAGAAAUCCCCAGCAUGAUUUUUGUUAUUUUAUAGCUGUCCAGAUGAUCAGCUUUAGUACAGUAAUCUGUUUAUCACUUGUUGACCAGAAAAAUUAGUGUUCUAAAACUAUUUACUGCUCUCACACCCAGUGCACGGAAAUAUGAAGUGAUUGUGGUGUACAGCUGAGAAGGAGGAAAAGCCGCAGGUGUUGACAUCCUUUUGUCAAGGAUGAAACAAUCAUAGAUUAUCCUGCCCGAAGGAAAAUAACUUGUUUUGGCUCACUAGGAAUGAAUGAGUUCUAAGAAGUGAAGUCAGAUUGAUCGGAAAUAGAUAUCCAUACCAAAAAGAAAACCAGGUUAGAUAAUUAUUUUUUACAAUCAACCAACUGGAGGUUUCUUAGCCUCCAAAGUUUCUGAAGUACCAGAAUCAGAAGUUGGGCUAUAACAAUGUCUUCAGUCAUCAUUUUGUCAAUGAGAAAGGCAAUAUCAGAUGUUUAAUACUUUUAAUACUCUUAAUACUUCUUGAAAAAAAAUUUAAGGACAGAUAGAGUAAAUGGGUGCAGAAGAAUAUUAUUACGAGUGGAGAAUAUGGGAAAUAACUAAAAUGAAAAAGAAAAACAUUUAAGGAGCAUAACAGUUAGCUAAGUAAAUCUAUAGGAUCAGUUUUUUAUUCUUAUUUCAAAGUAUUAAGAAAGAAAUAUAAUUUAUCUUUUUAAUUAUCUUAGUGAAAUUAUUAUACUGUCUUGCUGUAAAAUAACUACAUUUUUUCCAACAGAUAUUAUUAAUGUCAAUAUUUAAUAUUUAGAUUACAUAACUAAUAUUAGUUUAUUUUAAAUCUUCUUGUAGAUAUUACAUCUGCCUGUACAAGAUUAGACCGUUACAAAUUCAGAAAACCCAAUCAAUGUUUAACAUAUUACACCUUGUAAAUUUCACAUAUUACAGAUAAAAAACUAUUCAAUUGUCAAGUUUUUCUGGAAUUUGUGUAGUUUGCAUGUUUCUAUAUUACAUUUAACUUUUCUCCUACUGCUAAUUAACUACAUAAUUUUACAUUUUGUUGUGCUGAUGUAUCUGUUCAGUUACAUAAUUUUAUAGACCAUUGUUUUUGCUGUGAGUGACAAAUAAUUAGUUAUUUUAUUAAUUAAGUUCUUUAUUCUGAACCAAGUACAAUAUUAGUAAUUACAACUUGUAGCUUAAUAACUCUUAUUUAUAUUGUUACUAUAAUUGCACAGUCAAACUUUAAUUACUUUAUAUUGUUUAUAGUGUAUAUAAGUAUCUAUGUAAAGUAUGUAGAAAUGCACUAGUGUUCUAUCCAUAUUCAUCACAUGAAGAUAUAUGUCAAACUGAAAUAACCAAAUUGUAUAGAGAAUAUAUAUAUAUUAAUUGUUAAAACUUUUAGAGUUGUUAUAUAAAAUGUGUGUUUAUAUAAAUAUAUAUAUUUAGUUUGUUGCUUUUUAAAAGGUGUAAAUUUUGAUCGUGUAGUUUGUCUUUAAAUAUUAAUUAACUUAUUGCUAGAAAUAAUUAAUUGUAUAGUAAUAUUUGUUUUUGCUGAAAUACAUCUCAUUUUUGGCAUUGUUUAAGUCACUUGAACAUUUUCACAUGUUUCAUUUUUGUUUAGAAAGAUGUCCUUCUCCACUAAUUUGGUAAAUAAGAUGGGUUACAAUAAUAUACAUUUGUAUUAAAACAAUUCUUCCUUAUAAUUUUCUGUUUUUAUCAUUAAAAACUUUUUUCUUUCUUGAGAAUCAUUACAGCACAUUUUCUAGAAAUUAAAAUAUUUUACAUUAACAUUCUUUAUAUUUCGUUGCAUAUUGAGAUUUCUAACAUUCGAAGAGUAAUGUAAAAGUACCAAUAUUGGUUUAAAACAAUUAUUGGUUGUAUGACUAAAUUUUGGUUUCUCAAGCCUUCACAUAAAAUUAAAACAGCAUGGUCAAGUUUGUAAAGAGUUUUAUGAGUUUGAGUGGAGCAUAUUUUAGGAACAAUAGUUUGAGCCAUGAUAAAAAAAAGAAGAGAUGUAUUUCAAGUUUGCAAAACAUAGUUAUUUCUUACCAACAAUCAUAUCAUUUAAGAUAAACACACUUUAGAUAACACGUUAAGUAUGUAAAUUUGUAUGAAUAUAUAAAUAUAUGUUGCAACCUGUAAUAAUAUAUCUUAGGACUGUAUUUUUGUGUAAAACUGGACCAGAGUGCCUUCUAAAAAGUGGCACGCAACCACUUCCCUAUAUUCAAAGGCUCUAAUAGUUGUAUUUUGCCUCUGCAUCAUUUCAGUUCUUUUUUUUAGUUGUUGAGUUUAGAUAUUAUGUAAGUGUCUUGCAUAGUUAGGCUCUAUGUGAGGAUACAUUUUGUAAUUAACCUAUAACUGAUUAAGUGAUAUAGAAUAUAUAAUCUAUAUAACUCUAAAAAUGCUAAAAGGUACCUCCAUGUAAUAUUGUAAUAUGACAUAGAACUGUACUUCAAAUCUAUUUGACACAACAGAUCAUUUUAUUUUAGCUAUAAACCUGCUUUUUUAGUAGUAAUAACCCGAUAUUCUGUUUGCACAUAUUUCCUACUCUGAUUAGCUCGUUUUUAUCACUUGCUCUGGCUUAAAUAGUUAAAACCAUAUUUCUCUUUAAAUAUAAUCUAUUGUCGAGUUCACAUUUCUGUAAAUUGAAUAAAUUACUAAAUAGAAUAAGUGAUUGCAAGGAAUGUACACAAUAACAGACUUCGGAACACAAUCCAUCAGAGUAAUCUGGAACUAGUUGAGGAAAAGAUGGAAUAGAAAACUGUAUAACUUUUUAAAUGUGUUAUUGCACUUUUAGUUCGCCUGCAAUGUCAAUCUGCCAUUGGUUAGUUUUGCUUAUAAAAAUAAACAUGCCAUAUUUGGUAUUUAUUAUACAGUUACGGAAUGAUGCAGAGAGCAUUUGAGAGUGCCAUACGUUCCUCGAUUGUUGUACUGAUUGUGGUACCCACAAUGUACGAUAGCUCAACUUUUAGUCCCCAUUUUCAGCUUUAAGGACCACUAUUUUAGAAGGCAAUAUUGUAAUACUGACUUUUUUAGACGCAAGAAGAGUAAGUAAACAAAUUAGUGCACUAUCAUCAUUGAAUUUUUUCAAAUCUAUAUUUUAGCAACAUACCUAAUUAUGUCAUAGUGUAUUUAUAAAUAGGAAGUAGAAAUGUCUGUCAUCGGUCUGAAACAAAUUAAAUGAAUGUACUGUAGUUUUACAAAGUUCAGUAAAUGAAAUAUUUAUCGUAAAUGCAUGUGCAUAUAAUUACAUAACUUUUAAAGAAUUAAAUAUUGUACAGAAUCCUUAAUAAGGGACAUCUAAAAUCAUAACGUAGUAUAACUACAUAUGUCACUAAAAGUUCUGUUCAUUGAAACAUUUUUAUUUUAUUUACGUUACAAUAAAUUUAAAUUUCAUAACGUGGGGAAAGGAACAGAUAACAUACCAAAGUACUGUAACAGCUCAAUCUUUAUUAAAUGGUGCCUUUAAGUAUGGGGAUUGUUGAAAGUUAAACUUAAUCUUACCUAGUGUAAAUGGUAAAUAGCUGUGAUGUAAUUAGAGAUAACUGAUUUUAACUUUAAUCAAUCAUACAUAAUAUACAUGAAAGUCACAAAAUCAUGAGUGUCCAAAGGCACCUUAUUUAUAUUGUAUGCAUUGAAGCUAGCCUUUCAGGCUUUGCUUGGUUAAAUGAUAGCUUUAAUUAAUAGAUUUUAAUCAUGAGACAUGCGUUACUACAAGUAAUUAAUUAAUUCACACCGAAUGCAAAACUCUGCUUAGCAGUGUGUUAAAAUACUAGAAUGCAUAAUGAUUAUUCAUUUUAUAUUUAACAACGUUCCCAAAUAGAUUAAGUAAAUACUAUUAUAACAAAGAUAAAGAAUGUAAUUAACAUUGUAUAUAAAUAAAUAACUCUAUAGAAGAAUAAAA